AUGGUGCAGUGCGACGUACCGAGUCACAUAUACUGCGCCGACCGAACCACCGCCAAGAAUCAGUUUCAUGUUCUGCAAGACAUGUGCGACAAGAUUCCGGAGCUGCAGUGCUUUCGUACCAAGUUCCCGGUGUCCGUGCGGAUGGCGGUCAUUGACCGCUACGGAGCCAACCUCUUGGCAGAGCAGGCAGUGCAAGGAGUCACGGAAAACCAGAAAACAACUUUGUUUCCUUGUCUCGUGCAUAAAGCAGCCUCUUGUCUGAAGAUGGCGACGAGCAAAGAUUCCUGCACCACGAGUGGCAUUAUUCAAACUGGCUUGGCCCUCGAAUUCGUUGGGGCCGCCCAAAAAAUGCGGGAUGUGCUUGCACACAUUUUCGCCGCUGAGCUGGAGAUCAUAUUCGACGAACCUCCCGGCGGCCCCGUAGCGGAACAGCGCCACGAGGUUUUGGACCUGUUCUGUAGCGCACAGGCGACGGGCGCCAGCAAGCGCGUGAAUAUGAGUCGUCGCUACAUCUUAGAGACCAUGUGCAACAGCGACUUGUCAAAGUCGCAGAUCUUGCAUUAUUGUCCAUCGCAAUGCUGCGAAACACCUGGUGCCACACGGGCAGUUUUCAUGCGCUAUGUCUCGUGGGCUCUAGUUCCGGCUAGAUGUGGCAUCCUGUCGCGCAAAUCGUGGGUUGGUGCUGAUAGGCCGACUGAUUUCGCCGGCCUUCUGUCCUCGUUCUGGAACUUGUUUCCUCGUGUGAUAGCAGCUGUGACGGGCAGGCCAAGUCCAAGUCCCACUGUCAACGUCGAGCAGACCGCUGAUGCUGCGCCGACAUCCAGCUGGGAGGACUUUGACUUUCCUCCCGCCUCCCGGGCAUCCAGUUCUGCGAAUGCUGCGCAGGCCGCCGCACAGGGCUCAGACAGAGAGGCAGAGACAGAGCAGGCCGUGCCGGACAUGCUGGCUGUCACGUCCGAGCAGUGGGCAGAGAUGAACCGUCGUAGCAGAGCCGCUUCUGCAGACUUUGCGGCGGCCUCUGAUUUACAAGAACGGCUGGUGGUCAUGAGACAGGUGAUGGAGCCGGGUCUGCAGCUGCUUUAUCGGCAGAUGCAUGUGGCGAGUCCUGCGUGGGAAGAAAACCAGCGACGCCGCUCCCUGGAAACCGGAUGUCGCACUUACCGUGCCUUGCUGGUUGCUUCUGGGGAGUACCUCGCAGGAUUCUUUGCGCAGGCCAUCGAACAACUGUUCAGAGUGCCCCGAGCUUUCACUGCAACGAUGUACACUCGCCGUGCUCGCUCCCGGAUGUUUCGCAUGCUCAACAGUCUCAUUUGCUCCGUCUGGUACAUGCUGCACAUUGCUGCCGAAGGAUUUCCAUAUUGCCUGUUCCGAGUUCUGAUCGACCCAAAUGAGGCAGAGGCCGUCCUCAAGAAGCCGAAGUGCUGCAGAGACGACAUGUCCAAAGCUUUCUUGGAGCUGUACUCCACGCCACAACAAUUGACAUCUCCCGAUGCCAUUGCAUCACUGCACGCUCUGGCGCAAUUUUCGGAGCUAGACAUAGCCGGCCUAGAAUCUGCCCACAGCUCUCUUCGAGAAUACGUGAUGUCCCGAGGGCGUGGACGGGAUGCGCCCGAGAUGGAGCAGGAGGCAAAGCCCAAGCAACAUCGCUAUGGAGGUGCAUGGCGAGCUUUCCUGCGCGACAGAUGUCGCGGGCGACCUUUCCGUUCACAGGACAUGCAGGCGCUCUCGCGCGAAUACCAUGCGCUCUCCCCGGACGAGUACGAGCACUUCUGCGAGGAAGGUGCCAGGGCCUGCCUGGCGGGCAGACAGGGCGCAAAGCGGCCUUUUCAAAUGCUGCGGGAGCCAGCGGAACAAGCGCUUGUGCAAGUUGAAGGUUCCAACCAGGACCUGUGCAGCAUCUGUGAGAGGAUGAUGCUGCGACUGCCGGAGGAGGAUUUCGCUGGAAGAUUGGCUGUCUACAGACAGGCGGUCGCCCAAACUUGUCGGGCGGAAGCUCUGGCACAGCGGGAGGCUGCUGCAGCAGUGCCACUCGAGGACUUCGUCGAUGCAGAGCCCGCCAUGUCUGCGGCCAUGGUCGCUGCAGCCGGGCCCGGACAGCCUCGUGCGAUGAGCACUUGCCCAGGCUCUUCUCUCCUGGACUCUUUGCAGCAUCGUCGCUGGCAGCCGGACCCGCACUCUUUUGCAAAGGCUGGCUAUGGGAGUGCCUUCCAGUUCACAGCAGCGCUGUCCAGCAAGAGGCCAGGCCCUCAUGGCGCAGACGACACGCGGAAUGCAUACCUCGCACAGAUGCUGCAGAGGGAGUGGGAGGCCGCGCAUCGAAGCUACAUCGAUGCCAGACUGCAAGAUCUGCCGUCGACACCGAAGCUGCACGGACGUGGCCUUUGUGCACAAGCUGGUGUUUGUUUCUGCGGCCUACCCGCAGUGGCCGCGUUUUGCAGAAAGUUUUCCAAGCACAUGAGGCGAAACUUUUGGUGCCAGCGCGGCCUGAAAUCCGAGAAGCGCCAGCUCUAUGAAGCCGGCCAAUAUGUCUUUGGCCUCUCUACCGUGCGACCGGGUGCAGCUCCUGCUCUCGGUGACAUUGUAUUUUUCUGGCCAGGAUACACCAACUACUUGACGUGGCAGGUCGCGGCUGUGCAGCUGCAGCCAGUGGAAGCGGAAGGGUCUCCCUGUCCGCCGGAGCCCACGCUCACGCUGCGCAUCGGACGAGACCGUCAGGAUGGACUUGGGCCGGGGACGCUCCCAAUCCCAGAGUUGCUCAAGGAUCUGCGGUCCAUGCCGGCUCUGGUCAAGGAUCUUCUCGACACGAAGCUCGUGUGGAAGCUGCAAGAGUACCGCAUCUUGGACGAUGACAAGACCGUGUCAUCCAUGCGUAUGCUUCCUUGUUAUGUAGACGUCCUGGCAGAUGGUGAAGCAGUGACACUCUGGCAAGGAGAGCAGACCGAGCUGAAGAAGCGGCGCGCAAGGCCUGCAGGGACCGGCACGCGGCCGGGACGCUCCACUGUAGCCCAGCGCGCAUCUGGGGGACGGCGACGGCGAGCCACGGAGGCGGUCGAUGGCGUGCCUGUGCCGGAGCCGGAGAACGAUGUUCUGGGCAUGGAUGUGUCGGAUGAGGAGAAGCAGGAGAACGACGACAUGGGGCAGCAGGCGGCGGAGCUUGGGCUUGUUUUCUCGUCAGACUCGGACGAGGGGCCUGAUGAGGAGGUGAAUAAAGAGAAUGCCGACGAGAAUGUGGAUGCAGGAGGUCUGGGAGACAUUUUUGCAGACUCAGACAGCGACGUCGACGUAGAGGCGGGGCUGCUCGCAUGGCUGGAGGACCGGCGAGCUGGACAAGCUGACCGUGACAAGGACGACGACGAAGAGGACCAGGACUUCGUUCCAUCCGUGCCCGCAGUGGACACUGAAUCUCCGGCCUUGCCGGCGGCCGUGCAGCAGCAGCUCGAUGCUGAAGUCGAGGAGGAGCCAGAGCGUGCCCCAGCAGCUCCAGACAUGGAGGCCGCAGCUGCGGCCGAUGUAGUGCAUCGGGGUCCUCGGGUCCAGCCGCGCGAAUCUCAGUUCUGUUUUCAGCUGCCAGCAGGGGGCCUUGUCCGUGGAGAGCUACGUUACAGCGACAAAGGCCAGUACUUCCGGGCACACUGCGCCCAGCAUGGACUGCUGUGCACGAGACAGCGCCAGUCCGUUGCUGGACGUCGUGUCGGCAGCGGCAGACCUGUGGGCGCUCUGCUGGCUUGGCUGGCUUCCUGCGCGGAUUGUGCUACUUCCAAAGAACAUGUUGCUUCAAAGGUUGCUUCUCUGGAGCAGCGCCGUCGCCUGCGUGAGUGGUUCAAGACCCUGCCAGGGGCUGAUGUCUUCUUGCAACACGA